AAAAAAGGGGUCAAACUGGUUGCUUGGAAAUUUCUCAAUGGCACGCUGCAAACCGAGAUCUGGCAGUCCCUGCAUCAACGCUUGUCGAGUCCACCAUGUUUACUGGGACGACCUUUGAGCACUCAGACGCCGUUCUGGGCGGGUGUGAGGAGUGUCCUGGUCAAGUCGCGGGAAUUCAGGGCUGUAGACAGACACUCGCUUCUUUCCGUCGACAUGAGGUUCUUUUUUUCACUCAGUGCCCUGUUGCUGGCCUUGUUUUCCGCUUCUCAAGUCAAUGCCGAGAGCGAACACGCACAUGCUGCCGAGCGCGUCUUUGCCUACUUGCUCUAUCGCCUCGAGGCCAUGGCUUAUCCAAAUCUGCCCUUCAACUCCAAGAAAAUCUGGGUUGCGACCGACUGCGUCAGGGGCAAAGCUCGGCGGUGCAGCUUCAACGAGUCCAUGACCUGGAUUAGCAAAGGCGAUAGAUCCGGCACGCCAGGCUACUACGAGCUGUCGACUCACAACCUCAGUCCUACCGCCUCCCCCGCAGAGUUGAAGACGGUCAUCAACACUCUGACCACCAGGCAAGACCUGCGGGACCUAGUCAAGGACGACUUCUGCGUCGCAAACGUCAUUGGGGAAGUUGGAGGGUUCAAAGGGAACGGGUAUGCCAAGCUCUAUUCUCAAAAGUACGACCAGUUUUCCCUCUACGUCAAGGAGGCCAUGGACGAGCUGCCCGAGGGCGAUAACAAGGAGGCGGCCAAGAAGGUGUACGGCACUUCCAGGGAGCUGUCGGCCCAGAUCAUCACGCUGCGGCGCGGGGCCACGUCGGCGAAGCUGUACGAGGAGCUCAAGGGAGUGUUCCCUGAGACGCAUCCGAGCAACUAUUACAAUUACGUCGAGAAUGGCGUCACCAAGAGGCGGGAUCCCAUCAAGUGGGUGACAGUCCAAAAGACAUGGGGCACGCACUCCUGGCGCGAGGUGGACCUGGCCGCCACCAAGCAGGCAAACUUGGCGACGCGGACGGCCAUCGAAACCGACAUCGACAAGCGCAUCCAGAUGUUCCAUGCCGACAACCCCAGGCUGAUUACAUGGAACCCUACUUACCAGAGGUCCAACCAGAACCACCAGGCGGUUAUUGACCACAUGAAUGAAAUGCGCAAGCAGGGCGGUUGGAGCGACUGCUGA